AACAGGUGCACAGUAACAAUAUGUUCUACCACGGGGUGAAGAUCUUCUCCUCCGUGUCCUGCUCUUUCAAGCCCCGCCUCAUCGCUAACUGGGAGGCGGAGCCGGUGGAGUUCCGUACGGUGCUGGACGACCGCAACCCCAGCGCUCGCUAUGUGACCGUGCCUCUGGGACGCCGUAAUGCCAAGGCCCUGCGCUGCCGCUUCCACUUCGCUGAUGUGUGGAUGAUGUUCAGCGAAAUCUCCUUCCAGUCAGCAGACACCGUGAUUCCUACUCAGAUAACCCCGGUGGUGACAUCCUCCUGGCCCAAGGAGGAGAGCUCCAUGCCCACCACCCACAAGACUGUGACAAACCCAUCAGCCAAGUACCAACCGGAUGAUGGGAACACCCCUAUUCUGAUUGGCUGUCUGGUGACGAUCAUCCUGUUGCUCGUAGUGAUCAUCUUCCUGAUCUUGUGGUGCCAGUAUGUGUGCAAGGUGCUGGAGAAGGCUCCACGCCGUAUCCUCGAGGAGGAGGUCACCGUGCGCCUGUCCUCCAGUAGUGACACCAUCAUUCUGCAGACCCCUCCCGUGCCCCCCCGGGUCUCUCAGAUGGACCACCCGUACGAGCGCGUCUUCCUCCUGGACCCUCAGUACCAAGACCCGGCCGGCCUCAGGAACAAGCUGCCUGAACUGUCUCGGAGUGCAGAGACCUCAGCGUGUGGUGGGGGCUAUGCGGAGCCCGAUGUCACCCAGUGCACGCCUCACCAGUGCUUCCAGAACAGCGUGCCGCACUACGCCGAGACAGACAUCGUGAGCCUGCAGGGUGUGACCGGCAGUAACAUGUAUGCCGUGCCCGCACUCACCGUCGACUCGCUCACCCGCAAGGACAUCUCCGUGGCAGAGUUCCCCCGCCACCGGCUGCUCUUCAGGGAGAAGCUGGGGGAGGGGCAGUUUGGGGAGGUCCACCUGUGUGAGGCUGAGGGUCUGCCUGAGUUUCUGGGGGAGGGCGCCCCCCUUCCCGACCGAGACGGACGGCCUGUACUGGUGGCGGUGAAGCAACUGAGGGCAGACGCCACCAACAACGCCAGGAACGACUUCCUGAAGGAGAUCAAGAUCAUGUCGAGGCUCAACGACCCCAACAUCAUCCAGUUGCUGUGUGUGUGUGUGAGCUCAGACCCACUGUGCAUGGUGACUGAGUACAUGGACAACGGAGACCUCAACAUGUUUCUGUCACAGAGAGAGAUGGAGAGCACCCUGACCCACGCCAACAACAUCCCCGCAGUCAGUUUGUCAGACCUCCUGCACAUGUCAGUGCAGAUCUCGUCCGGCAUGCGGUACCUGGCCUCUCUGAACUUUGUGCACCGAGACUUGGCCACACGCAACUGCCUGCUGGACCGCAGACUCACCAUCAAGAUAGCAGACUUCGGCAUGAGCAGAAACCUGUACAGCAGUGACUACUACCGCAUCCAGGGGCGAGCUGUGCUGCCCAUCCGCUGGAUGGCCUGGGAGAGCAUUCUACUGGGUAAGUUCACCACGGCCAGCGAUGUGUGGGCCUUCGGCGUCACCCUGUGGGAGAUCUUCACUCUGUGUAAAGAGCAGCCCUACAGCCUACUGUCAGACGAACAGGUCAUCGAAAACACUGGCGAGUUCUUCCGAAACCAGGGCAGACAGAUCUUUCUAUUCGCCCCACUGCUCUGUCCUCCCUCUCUAUUUGAGCUGAUGAUGCGUUGUUGGGACCGCGACAUCGCCGAUCGACCCACCUUCGAGGGGUUGUACCAGGCCUUACGACCACACGUGGUCCAGUGAACUUUGAACCCUGGCACAACCAACGGGCUGUCCUGAGUGAGAGGUCCAUUUUGCCUGAAUACUCUUCUCUUAACCCCUCUGACUGACAGACAGAAGGACAGACGGACAAACAUACGGACAGACAGAGAGACAGACAUACAGAGAGACAGACAUACAGACAGCGGGGAGGACUGGAAGAGGAGGCAGCGAUGUUGUCAUUUUGAGAGAGCAGGAAGUGGGUUGAGGUUAUCACUUACAGAAUGUGGACCACUUCUUUCAUCUUUCACAUUCUUCAGUGAUGGACCUUUAAUCAUAUAAAAUCCAUGAAAAAAAGCUGUCACCUUUUUGUCUGUUGAUGGUUUGUGUAAAUUGAAUUCUGUUCAUCCAUCUUUAUACAGUAUGUUGUGUUUUCAUGUUGUUUUUGUAUGGUAGGCCUACCAAAGAAAUCAUAAUAUCCCUAAUACCUGGCCUAGUAAGAAAUCAAUAACUGGACAAAUGCUUUUGUCUUGAGGUCCUGUGGUUUUUUUUGUGUAAAGCACUGCUGCCUGGUUGUCUUCCAUUUAUCCAUGAUAUGUUCCUUUCAUUAUCCCCACACUGGACUAUGAUCAUUUUGAUUUGUUUGACUCAGAUUUUAUUGUCCUUUUUUAAUAUGAAUGUUAUAUAGGUCAGUUUGGAUAAGGCCUUUGGCUAAAGCAGAACUACUGUCAUAGCUAGAAUAGGACCCUAACCCUCUGACCCUGACCCUAACCCUAACCCUGCUUUAGAGAGGGUUGGGGAGCCACAAUGGACUGAUGAUGAGGAAUAGAAAGCACUGUCCCCUUGGAGAUGUCUACUGCAAGGCACUGUCCCGCUGGAGAUACCCACCGCAAACUGUGCAGCCUUAUCAGAUAGCAUUAAAGCUAGUUAGCAUUAUUAGAUAUCAUUAGCUAUCCCCUACAGAGAUUCAGUCAUCUGGAUUGAGUAGCUGGAGGCUGGUUAGCUUUGGUCCAGGGGCGUUUGUGCGCGUUCCAGUGGAGGAACACGCACUGAUGGUGACGUGGACCAGAGCUAGAAGCUGGACAACAGUGACGUGGACCAGAGCUAGAAGCUGGACAACACUCUUUUUGAGUAUACAGUAGCUAGCAUGUUGUUGUGGCCAAGCCUCUGACCACACAGUAGCUAGCAUGUUGCUGUGACCAAGCCUCUGACCAUUCAGUAGCUAGCAUGUUGCUGUGACCAAGCCUCUGACCAUUCAGUAGCUAGCAUGUUGCUGUGGCCAAGCCUCUGACCAUUCAGUAGCUAGCAUGUUGCUGUGGCCAAGCCUCUGACCAUUCAGUAGCUAGCAUGUUGCUGUGGCCAAGCCUCUGACCAUUCAGUAGCUAGCAUGUUGCUGUGGCCAAGCCUCUGACCAUUCAGUAGCUAGCAUGUUGCUGUGGCCAAGCCUCUGACCAUUCAGUAGCUAGCAUGUUGCUGUGGCCAAGCCUCUGACCAUUCAGUAGCUAGCAUGUUGCUGUGGCCAAGCCUCUGACCAUUCAGUAGCUAGCAUGUUGCUGUGGCCAAGCCUCUGACCAUUCAGUAGCUAGCAUGUUGCUGUGGCCAAGCCUCUGACCAUUCAGUAGCUAGCAUGUUGCUGUGGCCAAGCCUCUGACCAUUCAGUAGCUAGCAUGUUGCUGUGGCCAAGCCUCUGACCAUUCAGUAGCUAGCAUGUUGCUGUGGCCAAGCCUCUGACCAUUCAGUAGCUAGCAUGUUGCUGUGGCCAAGCCUCUGACCAUUCAGUAGCUAGCAUGUUGCUGUGGCCAAGCCUCUGACCAUUCAGUAGCUAGCAUGUUGCUGUGGCCAAGCUUCUGACCAUUCAGUAGCUAGCAUGUUGCUGUGGCCAAGCCUCUGACCAAACAGCUGUUGUGUUCACAGCUCCGCCUUCAGAUGAAUUGAGCCAUAGCAAUAGAAUUACUGCUGUACUUCCCUUCACCUGUUCUAGUACACAUAUUUCUAUGAUUGUAGCUGGCUUGCAUAGAAUUCAUUCUGAGUUGCAGGGGAUUGAAAUGAAGGUUAACCUUAAUUGUGGUUGUAAAUAUAAUUGAAAAGCGA